CGGUGAGGUCAGGUAGGGGGAGGGAGAGGAUAAGUUAAACCUCAACUAUUCCCAUUGUUUCCUCUCCCUGCUCGGAGCCCAGUGUCAGCAGCAGCGCAGGAUGACAGGGAGACUACUUACUUAGCAGGCUCAGUUUUCGGUGAGGGAUGGAUGUGGCCUAUGAUUAUCCCGGCCCUGUCUGAUCGGCCCAAUCACCUAGUAUGGCCGGGGAGAGCCAAUCGGCAAGCCUCUUACAUGCUGCUGUGUGAGGCGAAUGCAGAGGGCUGUCCUGAUUGCACACAUACACACACAGGGUUGGGAGAGGACUGUGUCUGGCUGUGUCCUGUGCUGCAACAAAGGAGAAGUAUCUUGUAAAGACAGAAUUAUUAUAAGAACAGCACAUUGACCGUAAACCCACAACAGAAAAGGUUUUUUUCUCCUACUUCAUUUUGACAUAAGAAUUCCUGGAUUGCAUAAUAAAUACAUAAAAACUAUAUGAAGUCGUUCUGUCUGGCUCGUAUAUUGACAAAGGUGACGGAGAACAUAUCAAGGGGAGUGUGCAGGGGAACACAAUGAAUCUUGAAAAACUCAGCAAACCUGAAUUGCUGACACUAUUGAGCAUCCUAGAAGGAGAACUAGAAGCCAGAGAUCUUGUUAUCGAGGCAAUAAAGGCAAAGCAUAAAGAUAGAUUCAUUGAGGAACGCUAUGGCAAAUUCGAUAUCAGCGACCCCUUACUUGCCCUGCAGAGGGAUUAUGAGACCCUCAAAGAAGACAAUCAUGGGCAGCGGCCCCCUGUGUGUUCUAAUCCUCUGUACAUCUUGAAAGAGGUGAUGAAGCAAUGCAAGAUCAUGCAGGAGAGAAUGCUGGCCCAGCUGGCAGCUGCUGAAAGCAGGCACAGAAAGGUUAUCCUAGACCUGGAAGAAGAGCGGAGGAGACAUGCUCAGGAUGCAGCUGAUGGAGAUGACGUCACAUACAUGCUAGAAAAAGAAAGAGAAAAACUCGCUCAGCAGUUGGAAUUUGAAAAGUCACAUGUGAAGAAGCUUGAAAAAGAGCAGAUAAGGCUGUCCGCUCAACUGGAAGAAGAGAAAUUGCGCCACAAGAAAUUGUCCUCCGUCCUUAUGAAAGAAUGCACAAAAGCUAAUAAUAGGGCAGUGGCGGAAGGUCAAAGGGUGGAAGAUGUAAACACGAAGUUGGAAAAAGUAAGGAGCAAAGUAAACCAGCUUGAGGAAGAGCUAACUCUGGAAAAGAAACGUGGCUUACAGAUGGAAGCCCAGGUGGAGAAACAGCUCUCAGAGUUUGAUAUUGAAAGGGAACAGCUAAGAGCCAAGCUCAAUCGGGAAGAAAACCGCACCAGGGCUCUGAAAGAAGAACUUGAGUCCUUAAAGAAUAUCUUAAAAGAUUUAAAGACUGCUCCUGAGAUCAAGGAGUCUACUGUAAAGGCAAACCAGGAGCUGACAUCCACAAGUGUGUCGGUGGAGAAGCCACAAGUGUCAUCAGUGUCAUGCCAGACAGAGAAUGCACAACACGAAAAACAUAAUAUUGAUGCUUCAACAAAAGCCAACAUUUCCCUGUCAACUCCUAGUAAAAUUCCUCAGCCAUAUUCAAAGAUAAAUGGACAUUGUAGCACAUCAACCCAGAGCAAUGAACACAUCUUAAAAUUGAAUAUAGGUGAGAACGUGAAGGAGAAAGGGCCAAGUCAUGACAAUUUGUCCGAGAAUGGAAGCUCCCCUGUAAGAGUUGAAUCUCCUGUACACAUGAUAGGGCAUGUUCCUUCCAGUGGAGCUUCCUCCUCUCCGAGCAGUACAGCAACUUCGUCCUUAACAUCAUCUCCAUGUUCUUCACCAGUCCUAUCAAGACGUCUAAUUGGGACAGCUUGUAGUCCCAGCUACCAGUCACCAUACCAAGUUGGAAUAAACCAUCGAUUUCAUGCUGCCCGCCAUAAGUUUCAGUCUCAGGCUGAACACGAUCAGCAUGUUUCUGGAUUGCAGAGCCCUCCUUCUAGGGAUUUGUCCCCAACCUUGGCAGAUAAUUCUGCAGCUAAACAACUUGCACGCAAUACAGUAACUCAGGUGUUGUCCCGUUUCACCUGCCAGCAGACCUCUGGGAAAUCUGUACCUCCCAACAGCUCACCAUUUGGCACAGACUAUAGAAACCUUGCCAAUGCCUCCAACCAGAAGAAUGAUGGAAGUCACUCCCCAAAUCCUCUUAAAGUUUCCAGUCCUCUCAGUCCUGUGUCUCCUGGGAUAAAAUCCCCUACCAUAUCUAGGGUGGAGAGAGGGAACCCUCCACCCAUUCCUCCAAAGAAGCCAGGCCUAGCCCAGUCUCCAGCCUCUCCUAUUCCACCAGCCAAAGCGUCCAGCCAGCCAUCAUCGAUGGCAGCUCCAGUAGAUGUGUCCAGUAACCACUGCUCUAACAAUGGCAUUAUUGCACAUGGGAAGGAAAUUGAAAUAAUGUUACCCUCUGGUAGCUAGUCUUACUACAGCAUUCUGUGGACAUAAAAUUGCUGUCAGACUUGUCAGUUUAUGCCUGAAUGAUCUAUAGAGUCUAGAUGAUCAAACUUAUGUUAUUUAUUUUGGUAGUGGAAAAAAAUGGAAUAUUAUAUAUAGUGACUAUGUUCUUUAACUUCCUUUGUGGAAGAUUUUGUAUCUGCAAUCCUUUUCUGUAAACUAUCAGAGAAAACGUAAUAAUAAUUUUAGUCAUUUUAUGUAGAACAAAAAACAAUUUUACUAUUCCCUUUGCAAGGCGGAGUAAUGUGGAAAAUGCAAUGGGGCAAACAGCUUGCGGGGAAAAAAUAAGGAGAACUUUACAAAAAAUCCCUGAUUUUCCACUUUGGGUGUAAUUGUGUAAUGAUAUGAAUAUCUGUGCUGCCUUUUCAAUUUAUAUAUAAUAUAAAAAACCUAACCAGAUUGCAACUAAGGAGUAUUAAUCAUACUGCCAGGCUUUUCACGUUGAAUGAUAAGUCAUUAUCCACUGAGUUUAAAGCACUUAUCGUAACUUAAGGUAAAGACAUCCACCUUUUUAAGAUGAUUUGUUAACUGCAAUCCCCCUCCCUUUUUUCCAUUUCUUAAAAAGCAAGUUUUGUACCUUGUAUAAUAACAUUUGUUCAUAGUGACCUCUUGUAACUCAAUUUUUCCCUCUCCAAAAUCUCUCUGCACUAACAUGGUUGCCACUUGAAGAGAGCGUGUUUCAGCCGAACGCGUUUUGUUUCAGCUCUCACGACCUUUCAGUAGAGUGAUUGCCAGUUAGAAAGCUCCUCAGUGGUCAUUUGAUAGCAGAGGAAGGAGGAGGGCAUGUUGGACUGUGUAGAGGGCAUGACUGCUGAGAAGAGGGGUGCUAUUUAAUCUGUUUGCUCACUUGAUCAUAUGUCUUUUGACUAUGGUGACAUGACACGUAACUGUAAAUCAUUAAUUGCAACUCAAAGAAAAAAACACUAAGGAAAAAUAACAACUCAAUGUGCCUUGCUGCAGGUAACCAGAGUGAUUAAUGUAAGAAAACAAAAACAAAAGAUUUAUUUCAUGGGAUUGCAGCUUUAAGGUAAAUGUGCUUUAUUGAAUUGUGUUCAGUAACUGAAGUUCCACCAGUGUCCACAAGGUGCCACUGUAGACUUAGGAACGUAAUAAUGAAAUUAUACUUUAUCAGUAUGUAUAUCUCAAGAUAAUUUUUUACCUGAUACCUAAAAGUUUAAAUUAUGAGACUGGCAUCUAAGUUAUGAGACUGACAGUCUUUUAUAUAUUUUGUUAAAAGUGAUGGUUUAAAAAACCAAGGUAUUACUUAAGGUGCUGUUUUACGAUCAAAUACCUUCAUACAUCUUCUUAUACAUUUUCAGCUUUAAUUCUUUCAGAUUUGUGAAAAAGGAAUCCAGGUUAAAAUAAAACAAGACUUAUAUUAAUGUACAUUAGACACUUGUCAUUUGCAUGUGACUAGGAAUCUUGUUUCCUGUAUCUUAACCCACAUUAACCUAAUACACUGUUUGUGUCAUGCAUGCAAUUCAGAAUAUGCUUUAGAAACUAUACAUUAUAGGUGAGCAGGUGUCAUAUAGCUCCGUAUAGGUGACAGAAGUCUAGAAAUUAAAUUGAACAUCUUGAGUCACUUUUUAAUUCUGCUUUUGGCAGUCUUGUUACAUAAUUUUAAAUAUGAACCCUGUCGACAGAUAGAAAUGUAAUUCUGUGGCUGGCAACCUUAUGGAAUAUUUGUCAUACAUUCCUGUGGACAGGUCCAGCUUUUGUUUCUUGAGAAACAGGACUAGGAUUGAGUUGGAAAAGACCAAAUAUUCAUUUCAGUUCUUUUGUGGUCUUCUAUACCACGGUGUCCUUUUACUAUGACUACACUUACCAGAGCCCCAAACACCGUGUUCUAGUGCCAGUGUAUCAUUGUGCUACUCCUGGUGUCUUUAUUAACCAGAGCUGGUCUAGCUACAUAUCAGGGCAAACCAUUGUAUUGAUAACUAUGGCAACAGCAAUGUGCAGUAAUUGCAACCCCCUUCCAAAAAUCUGUUGUAGUCAAAUUGUCAUGUAUAUGCACUACAGAUUACUGCACUAAAAUCCUGAAUUAAUUGCACAAUAAGAUGUAAGAAUGGUUAUCCCCAAAGUGCCUUAAAUAUUCUGUUCUUUUAAAUGAAUAAUUAUUACAGAAAAGACCCUGUAUCCAAUUAAUGUCAUUAUUAGAAAAAGCACCUUCCACUAUUUAAUUGGUAUGAUGCUUCAUGAAAGCAUUGUUAUACAGUUUCUCUCUGAAACGGUUUAAAAAAAACUCUCAAAGUUUUUUCUUUUCUCUGCUUUUGUUUUUAAAACUGCAAUGUGCAAGACGUUAUGUCAUGAUGAUGAGGUUAUAGAUGAGUCAUUUGUAAACAGUAAUGCACUAUAAAUAUGACACUGUACAUUAGAGAACAGAGGCUUCCAUUUACUUGGAAGGUGAGAUGUUUCAUUUUUCUUGUAGAUUAACAAUAGUUAGAAAGUAUUUAUUCAUGCGGAUCCAUGGUUAUUAAUAUUAUGGACAUUGCAGGUCCACUUCAAAAUGGAAAAUUGGUUGUUUUACUCAUCAAUCUUGCUGACAUUGCUUACAAUGCAAUGCAUAAACUACUUCCUAUACUAAAGGCAUACAGAUGUGUCGUCAUAUACUAUUGCUACAGUUGAGGCAAAUGUCCUUUCUCAGCGUGCAUGGUCCAUUUACCCAUGGAAUAUGCAUCUUCAUGAAACUGAUUAAGUUGAUAUGACACUGAAUCUGUAUAUGAAGUGCUGCAGAUUUUUCCACAAGUUCUGCUGCACCUCAUCUGCGACAAUUACAUAUUUAAAAUUAAUUCCUUUGCCGUUAAAGUCACAGCCCGGCAUUUCUGGUACAGACUGAGUAGUGUUUUGCUGAGUCUGCAGUGCAAAUAAGACGUAAAUCUAAAGAAAAAGUUGCUACGCUACACAGUGCGGCUCACUCACGCCAGGUGUCUUGUGGCUAGGUGUAUGAAGACAGAUCUGUAACUGCUACAGCGUAUAAUCAUGUGAUACUGAGGCUUGAAGUACAUGGUCAGUCUGCACUUAUAGCAGCCCACACUGUGUUCUGGCUUUAUAGCCCGGCAGUGUAUAUUACUGUAUUGUAUAUCUACUGUAGUUAAUUUAAUAACACUUCAAGGAAAAUGGGAUUUACAUAAACAGAACACAUUCAUCUGAAGGUUCUAUUUUAGAACCCAAUGAUCAAAGCUAGCUAAACAUUAGAAUUGGGAUUAUAGAAAAAAGGUCAUCAUGCUACCAUAUCUAAUGGCAGGUGCUAUUCAAUUUUGCCAUAUAUUUUUUAAUAAAGUUUUAAUUAUAUAGGCAUCGUGGUAGUAUGAACAGUGUCAUUGUUUUGCUGUUUUAUUACCUUACACCCAUGAACAGCUGUAGCAAAUGUGUUAUGGUCAGGAAUGCCAUAGAAAGUGUAUUUCUCUUUCGGCCUCCGAGAACAUACAUACACAUUACUUUCACUACCAGAGGGCGGAACAAAUAAUACAGCUUCAUUUUAAUCUAUAUUUUGGCUAAAUUAUAAUGUACAUUAUCAAAGGGAAAAUAAACUACAGAAAACUGUAAUAGCACAAGAUACACAUUGUGGCACUGAUGCUAGUUUAAUAGCUACAACUCAUUCCCUAUGUCAGCAAGCCGCCUUUUAAUUAUACUUGCAAUUGUCAUUACUAUGUGUUAAUAUAUGUGUGUAUGUAUAUAUAUAUAUAUAUAUAUAUAUAUAUAUAUAUAUAUAUGAAAUUAUGUGUGUUUCAUUUUGGAAUUGUUUUUUAGACCUCAUCAACAUUCCAUUUCUGUAUGCAUAAAUAAUGUCAGGGCAGAGUGGAGACAAAGGGAAUAAUAUACAAUGAGCACAUUAAGACCUCUCAGAAAUCAAUAUGCCACUAGACUAGUACAUACCUGUCUGCACCUACAUUUACGUUUGUACUGAGAUAAAUGGCAGUUUGAAAGAACAGAAGUGAUGAUGGCGUUUGUAGCUUCAUAGCCAACUUACUUGUAUGUUUUAGGCCUAACUGCAUAAGGAAAUAUAUUUUCAUUUGAUCUACAGUAUAUUCUUGUUAGUUCUCCCAGAACUUUAGGGGUAGUAAUAACAUAAAUGGAGUCACAGUUGUCUCAUUUGCGAUCAGUCUUUAUAAAGUCCUCGAGUGACAUGACCAGCUGACCUUUCUAUAGACUGAUCCCAUAGCACAGCAGUAUGUAUGUUUCGGUUUGGGAAUAGUGUUAUCUGUUGAGCAGCCAUGAAAUUGAAGUCAUUGCACAGCUCUUCUACUAGUAUUGACAGUUAGCCAUGAUUCCUUAGCUGCAGUGUAAGCAGUACUUGCAAAUGGACCAUACCACCCAAACCGACACAGAGCUCUCAUUCGCAUCUGGUUAUAAGCAUUUCACCAAUUUCAUUUACUUCUUGAUGGUAAUGGGGGGUCAGUUAACUGAAUCAAGUGUAUGUGUAAUAAUCUGCUGAACAUAUACAAAUGAAUAACUGUCUUUUUAUUGGUUUGAGCAGUUAUAAUAGCUGUUUGCACAGGAUGGCAGAUAUUUAGUUCACCAGUACUCCACUUCAUUGUUACACUAUUGUAUACUACAGGCCUGUUCAACCUGUAACUCUCCAGCUGUUGUGAAACUACAGUAUACACCCCAGCAUGCCCUGCCACAGUUUUAGUAUUCCCUAAUAGCAAUACUGUGGCAGGGCAUGCUGGGGCUUGUAGUGUCACAACAGCUGGAGAGCCACAGGUUGGCCAGGCGCUGCCUACAGUGUUGGAUUCUCAGUCAUACGAAAUAGAGUUUCAUAUAGUGUUUUCUGGAAGAGUCUUCUAUGUUUUAUAUGUUGUGUGAUGCCGCUGAAUGACAUCACUGCUUCUAAUCGCUACACUUACAAACCAAAUUAUAUUGUAUAAGCAUAAAUAUGUAUAUAUGAUCUUAUCUAUACAUAUAUAUAAAUAUAGGAAUAUUUUAUGUAUAUUUGUUAGGAGAUGCACUGAAAAUUCAUUUAUUCCUAUGAUGUAAUAUUUUGUUUGUUUUUUAUAUUUGUUCUUUUUCAAAAUUUUUUUUUUUUUUUUUUGUAAAGCUCCUGAAAUUUUAGAUGAGAAGUGUCUGGUUUUCAAUUUUUAUCUCUAGCUAUUCAUGAAUGAUCUUAUGAGAAACCCACAAAAUUUGGCCUAGAUUUCACUGCUAUAUUGCUAGUGGAGUGUGAUGCAUGUAAAAUAAUGAUGGAAGGCAGGAAUUAUUGAAGGAGCAUCAUCAAUUUUAAUUGUAUUUGUUUAUUAUUCAAAUACAGAUCAGUAUCCAGUAAUGAAUGUUUGAUAAAUAAAAGCAUAAGUAUCUUUUUAAUUGCAAUCUUUGGGCAGGAUGUAAUGAAGUACGAGUUGUCCAGACUGAACAAAGGCAAAACCAUGCCUUGUAAAAGAUUGCCGCUUUAAAAAAAGUCUGAGUUCUGCCGGGAAUCCUCACCUCAAGCCAACUCGGACUUCAAUAGAUCCGGCCCUUUGUGCACACAGCCCCUAGACCUCAGCUGAUGACAGUCUGUUGUGCUUAUUUAAUUAGCCUGGUUUGGUCUUCGUAACCUACAGAUAACAAUACCAUGUACUAGUAGUAGAUAUGACACAGCUAGCUGUUAUUUUGUUAUUUUGCAAAUUGGCAAGAGAAAUUGAGGCAUAUCAGUCACAUCAGCUUUAUCAAUGUAGCCUACACAAAAUAUCUAAAACAAAUAAGGACUGAUGGAAAGUUGAAUGUACCGCCGUUUGUGUAUUACUGCGGCACAUGCUCCGAAAAUGAAGAGUUGACAUAUUCCGAAUAUUUCUACACAGGCAGAAAGAGGACGUAACAGGGAAUUCUCGUAGGCAGUGUUCAGAAUGGUGUGUUCAUGCUAAUGUGGCACAUGGAGCCAGUGUUCUAACUAGACAUUUUAGCGAUGCGUGCAAGAAGCGGCAUCAGCGCCCUCCCCCCUUAUUUAAAAUAAGGGGGUGCAGCCUAGGGGAGGGGCGGCAAAAAUAUAGGGGCGUGACUUCAUGGGGAACGGGUUUGGCCACAACAUAAAACUAAUUCAUAUUAUAGUGCACAGUAGUCUCCAUUAUUCAAAUUACGCUGCACAGUAGCGCCACUACACCAGGUAGAGACCCUUUUACACAUUAUGUCAGGUAGAGUCCCCUUUUUACACAUUAUGGCAGACAGAGUCCUCCCUGUAGUUCGGAAGCCAGCAACAAUAAAUCCCCCGGCUCCUGCAAGUGACAGCUGCCGCUACGGUCCCUGCAGUUCAGAAGCUGGCUACUAUAAAUCCCCCGGCUCCUGCAAGUGACAGCUGCCGCUCCGGCGCAAUGGCAGCUGUAAAGACCUCGGCUCCGAUCCCUGCAGUAAUGGCCCAGAAGCAUACAAAGAGGAUAGCAGGUAGAUGCGGACAGUUGCGCGCACAGGACAAUUGCGCUGUGUGCCAUGCACCGUCUACCCACACCUAGUUACGGCCCUGCAUGGAGCCCAGCGCAUAAGCGUAUUUGUUUUAUUAUUAUUUAAAAUAAAGGAAAUGCUUCCCUCCAUAUGUAAAUCGAUUCAAAGUGAAACCUCCCAAGGUUGUUCCUGUAAUGAUUCCUUUAAUAUCAUACAACAAGUUUUGGUAGGCAGAAAAAAAAUAAGGACAUCAGUUUAGACAAAACCGGUGUGAAUGAUGCAAAUAUAUAAUUUAAUGGUAUUUACCUAAUUGGUAGAUCUAAUACUAUAUUAGAAAUGAAUGCUAAUAUUUGUCUUUUGAAGUGUACAGAACUCAUAGCAGGUUUAUGCUAGGAGAAACCAUAGUAUAUGUGCAUAUCGGUAUCCCGACAGCCGGAAUCCCGACAACUGGCAAAUUGAUUGCCUCCUCAUGUGCACAUGUGGUCUGGUUUGGCUAAGUCACAUUUACAGAAUCAUGCCCUUAUUGUACUCAGCAUACACUUACACCCCAAUUCCCACAACUGUUACGCAUCUCAUAGUGUAAGGAGUCAUAAGCACAAUACUGUAUGCUAUCAAAUCUAUAUACUUGAUGGAUGCAUACAUCCAUAUCUACAUGUGGCCCAUAUUCACGUAACACAGUGUCAUAUUGGUGUGCGUUAUAGAGCCUCAUUUACUAUCAGAGUAUCCCAAAGAUCUACCAGGUAAGAAGGUAUAGAUUUAUCAAUAUAAGGAACAUAGAUUGCCUCAUUCAGUAAGGGAACAUAUGACACUUAAAAGUAUUGCUAUCAAAUAAUACAGACUUGUAUAUAUAGUACCAGCUUUUGUUUCUUGUAAAAAAAAAAAUGUUUUAAGUUUUUCUACAGACCAUUGAAACAAAUUAUAGGCCCAGAUUGAUCAAGCCUUGGAGAGUGAUAAAUUACAGGGUGAUAAAGUACCAACCAAACAGCUCCUUACUGCCAUGUUACAGGCUGUAUUUGAAAAAUGAGAGGAGUUGAUUGGUUGGUACUUUAUCACCGCGCAACUUAUGACUCUCCAAGGCUUGAUAAAUCUUGGCCGGAGUAUUUAAAGAAAAACUGUGCACAGCUUCAGCAUACUGUAUGGUCAUGAAUUCUGCCAGUGAUACAGUGCCAGCUCCUGUCUGAACAUUGCAGUUGAUCUUGGGGUUUUUGUACUAAAUUCUAGUUACUUUGUAUUCUCAGGCUGUCGGUUACUAUACCUAACUUUGUAAAUAUGUUGCCUAAUGCAGUGCUACUGUACUCACAGUAUUUCCAGCAGUAUACGGAUGGUAGCCCACCUUCAAAGUAUUGAUCUAUCAAGAAUAGUGAUGCAAAAUAUGAACUGGGACCCAGUCUGCAAUAGCCUAUGAAAAUAUACAGGGUCAUUAUUCAGAGUUUAGUUUGCUUUUUACCUUGAUCUAAGUUAUUAGAAAUAACUUGCUAUUCUAAAUGUUUGUGCUACAUUACACUAUCUCUGCCUUUUUAGAAAUGACUUUCGUGAAGGACAGGUGGAUGGUGUAAUUAAAUUAGCUCUGGUGUGCUGGCUUUUGUGAGUUUAUAAUAAGAUUAAUUUUGUUAAGUGCCUUUUUGUAAUGGCCAAGAUGUAAAUAUAAAACUAGAUAAUUGCAAAUUGUUCACAGCAAUACAUCAAAUGUUACUCAAUAAAGAUUUUUUUCUU